AGCAUAGUUGAAUGCAACACACUGCCCGCUGUCAAAAAAAGCAGGAAGGAUGUUCCUUUUUUCAAUUGAUUAGCUAGCUAACAAAUUUUAAGAAAAAUAUACGAGACACCUGGUUUCUUUAGUUGUUAUGCUGAAAGAGGUACAUGGCAUGUUAUCACGGUGUACUACAGAGAAGAACAUUUCCACAGCAAAAUCUCACUAAUGCUUAUGAUAAGUCCCAGAAUGGCAACAGGAAUGCAAGAGAAACAGUACAGCCCAUCGUUGCUUAGUUUUUUCAUCUACAACCCUAAAUUUGGGCCCCGUGAGGGAGAGGAAGAGAAGAAAAUCCUCUUUUACCAUCCUAGCGAGGUUGAGAAGAACGAGAAAAUCCGCAAUGUGGGAUUAUGUGAAGCCAUCGUGCAGUUUACCAGAACCUUCUGUCCCUCGAAACCAGCCAAAUCCCUUCACACGCAGAAGAACAGGCAGUUCUUCUUUGAACCCGAAGAGAAUUUCUGGAUUGUGAUGGUGGUGCGAAACCCGAUGGUAGAGAAGGCAAACAAGGAGGGGAGACCAGCAGCGACGGAGUAUCAGGAAGAGGAGCUCUUGGAUAAUGUUUACGGCGCAGUACUGCAGCAGUGCUACAGUAUGUACAAGCUCUUUAAUGGCACCUUUGGCAGGGCGAUGGAGGCCGGAGCAGUGGAGCUCCUCACGCAGAAACUGGAGAAGUUCUUCUACAGGUAUCUCCAAACCCUACACCUUCAGUCUUGUGACCUCCUGGAUGUCUUUGGCGGGAUCAGUUUCUUCCCCUUAGACAAGAUGACCUACUUGAAGAUACAGUCCUUUGUGAACAGGGUGGAGGAGAGCUUGAGCCUGAUCAAGUAUACGACAUUCCUCUACAACGACCAGCUCAUCUGGUAGGGUUGGCGUAAAGCCCACUCUUUCGCUGGCAAUCCGCCUGUGUUUGCUUAAAGCUUUGGGCGGGGUUGGCGAGCAGAGGGCGCUGACCCGGGACUCAGUCGCAUCUAACAUAGUUGUCAGGGCGACCCCAGCCAGUAAAAGUGCUUCCCUUAAGCAGGGCCCAGUGGUCAUUAACGGGGUCACCUAACUUUUGACCCAUGUCGCUGUUCUACAUUGACCCACUGCACCUCUAAUUAUUCCGUAGCUCGAGGAAGUGAGUCUGCCAGUACUUCUUUGGCUGGCUGUCCUGUUUGUUUAUAAGAGGCAUGCUUGACUUCCUCCAGCUGCUCACUGGUUUGCGUAAAACACUCACUGGCACCGGUGGGUGCUAAUUUGGCCAUGCGGUAUGUGUAGGUUUCUCGCUAUACAGAUGCAGCCUGGGAGGGCGUAGGUGGG